CUGGAGAUCGUCAACAUGAGCGGCAACUACCUCUACGGCCCCAUCCCGAGGGGCCUCUCGCGGCUCCGGAGCCUGCAGACCCUCAUCCUCGACGACAACAUGAUCGGCGGCGAGGUGCCCGGCUGGAUCGGCACCGCGCUGCCGUCGCUGGCCGUGCUCAGCCUGCGGAACAACUCGCUGGGCGGCACCGUUCCGGGGUCCCUCGGGAGCGCGCCGUCGUUGCGCUCGCUCGUGCUCGCCUCCAACAACAUCUCCGGGAACCUCCCCGACAUGCGCGGCCUGGCGAACCUCCAGGUGCUCGACGUCGGCGGCAACGCGCUCGGCCCGGCGUUCCCGCGUCUCGGGAGGAAAGUGGCGUCGGUGGUGCUUAGCCAGAACAGGUUCGGCGGCGGCCUCCCCGCCGCAGAGCUCAGCUCCUUCUACCUGCUCGAGCGGCUCGACGUGUCGCGGAACAGCUUCGUUGGCCCGUUCCCGCCGGCGCUGCUGUCCCUGCCCAACCUCCGGUACCUGAGCAUCGCCGGGAACAGGUUCACGGGGACUCUGUCUGACAAGGUGCCCUGCGGCGACAACCUCCAGCUCGUCGACCUGUCGUCGAACCUCUUGUCAGGGAGCGCGCCGGGCUGCUUGAGGCCGGACGGGAAGACGGGGACGGUGGUGCUCUCGUCGGAGAACUGUUUGGACAAGGGCGACGGCUCACAGCACCCGUCGCCGUUCUGUCAGAACCAAGCGUUGGCCGUGGGGAUAGUAGCUCCUCACAAGGAGAGGAAGAAAAUUGGCCGGCAGGCAGGCUUCAUCGCCGGCAUUGUAAUGGCGGUUCUCGUUGCUGUCUCGCUCGUCGGCGCCAUGGCCUUCUUCGCAAUCAGGAAGAUGACCAUGGAAGGCGCAAAGACGAGGCCAUCGGUACCAUUGGUGGACGAACGAUCUUCUUCUAGUGCCUACCCUUCCAAGUUGUUCGCAGAUGCACGUUACAUAUCACAGACAGUGAAGCUAGGAGCAUUGGGGGUCCCACCAUAUAGAUCAUUCUCUUUGGUCGAGCUCGAGGCAGCAACGAACAAUUUCGCAAACUCAUGCCUGCUAGGGCAAGAUUCUUAUGGAGAGAUGUAUCUGGGGAAGCUAGGCAAUGGUGUCCCUGUGACAAUCAGGAGCCUCAAGGUUAAGAGAAACCAGAGUUCUCAAAGCUUCAACCGCCACAUCGAAACGAUAUCUAGGCUCAGGCAUCGGCACUUGGUCAGCGCUCUAGGACACUGCUUCGAGUAUGAUCUUGACGAUUCCACCGUAACCCAAUUGUACCUUGUGUUCGAGUACGUGAAUAACGGGAACUUGAGAAGCAGGAUUUCGCAAGGAACUGAAGGGCGAAAGCUUAGCUGGGGGCAGAGGAUAUCGGCUGCCAUCGGUGUCGCGAAGGGCAUUCAGUUCUUGCAUGGAGGGAUUAUACCUGGUCUGUUCGGGAAUAAUCUCAGGAUCAACAACAUUCUUCUAGACCAGAAUCACGUCGCGAAAAUCGGCAGCUACAAUAUCCCAAUCCUAGGAGAGGCCACGAAAUCUGAGCAGGGAGGUGCCGGAAGCAAGCACCAAACUGAUAGCACAAAGCUGGGCGACAAGGUCGAUUUAUUUGAUUUUGGGGUGAUCCUGCUUGAGCUUGUAUCUGGGAAGCCAAUCACAUCCAUAUAUGAGGUGGAGAUAAUGAAAGAACUGCUGCUAUGGGCAAUGGCCGAAGAGGACCGAGCCAGGAGGAGGAGCUUUGUAGACCCAGCAGUGAACAAGGCCUGUUCAGAGGAAUCACUGAGAACCGUCAUGGAGAUCUGCCUAAGGUGCCUUGCCAAGGAGGCGGUACACCGGCCGUCAGUGGAGGACGUGCUCUGGAACCUCCAGUUCGCCACCCAGGUGCAGGAUGAUUGGGAGGGGGAGAUCCGGAGCGGCGAUGGGUCUCCGGUGUCGUCCCGGGCUACCAGGUCGUCCAGAUUUAGCAGGUAGAUAAACGAGUUGUUUCUCCCAUCCAAAUCAUCCAUCGUCUGAUGCUGAAAGAUGGAGCGGCCAGUUAUGAGUUAUCCUCCAGGAUGUGCAGAAAAA